CCAAGAGAUGCGCAUGCGCACUGACCCCGGCGGGCCCUAGCAACCAGAGCAGUGACAGUAGCAACCGCCGGAAUGGCAAAAGCAACAACAAUCAAAGAAGCCCUAGCCAGAUGGGAAGAGAAAACCAGUCAGAAGCCAUCCGAAGCCAGAGAGAUAAAGCUGUAUGCCCAGAUUCCCCCUAUAGAGAAGAUGGAUGCGUCCUUGUCCACACUCUUUAAUUGCGAGAAGCUUUCACUGUCUACAAACUGCAUUGAAAAAAUUGCAAACCUGAAUGGCUUAAAAAACUUGAGAAUAUUGUCUUUAGGAAGAAACAACAUAAAGAACUUAAAUGGACUGGAAGCAGUAGGGGACACGUUAGAAGAACUGUGGAUCUCCUACAAUUUUAUUGAGAAGUUGAAAGGGAUCCAUGUAAUGAAGAAAUUGAAGAUUCUUUACAUGUCUAAUAACCUGGUGAAAGACUGGGGUGAAUUUGUGAAGCUGGCAGAACUACCAUGCCUAGAAGACCUGGUGUUUGUAGGCAAUCCCUUGGAAGAGAAACAUUCUGCUGAAGGGAACUGGAUUGACGAGGCAACCAAGAGAGUACCCAAACUGAAAAAGCUAGAUGGUACCCCAGUAAUUAAAGAGGAUGAGGAAGAAGAUAACUAACACCACAUUUUCCACUUUGUGUAACUUAUUUAAAUGUCAUAAGAACAAUAGAUAAGUUUGGUAUAGUUGUCUAUUUUAAAGAUUCUGUGUGGGGCAAAUGGUUCUUAAGAUAAAACAAAUCUUUCAUUCCUUUUUUUCUCGUAACCUAUUCAGUGUUUCCCCCCCAAAAUGAUAACACCAACUUUAUAUAUUCUAGUUCUCUUUUUAGAAGCUAUAAAUUUUCAAUUUUUGUCUUCAGUCCCAGUUAUGUACUGCGUGGCCCCAUCUACUGAAACCUUUAUAGACCAGUCAUUUUUAACAACAAAGGAACAAAUGUGAUUCUUUAUUCAGUUUGUUUAGUUUUUUCAUUUUUGUUUUUGUUUUUUUUUAGGCCAGGCAUUUAAAUAUAUACACUUAACUUUUGAAUCUGUAGGCCAUCUUUCUUGAAGGUCCAUCUCUUUAUGACUCAGAAGCACAAAUGUGUCAUGCCUUUGGUUUGGGAAGAGCUCCUCUUAGAAAUAUAGCAGCAGUCCUAGAAUCAAGACUCCAAAGUCCAGCUGGAAAAACUAUGGUGAAAAAA